UGACGUCAUUGUGAGGGAAAGAUGGCGGCCUCGGCUUGGGUGGAUGGACCGACUAGUGCGCGGUUGGCCGAAGGGCUGCUGUCUGCGCUACAGGAGGAGCAACCCGGCCACCUUCCAGGGCUGCUGGCGAGCUACCGGGAGCAUGGCGGUGUCUCCGCACAGAGUGCCGGAGUGGUGGGGAAUCUGAUAGGAUUCAGCAAUGCGCGUCUCAGUUCCACAAAAACCAGGUUCCAGGGCCUUUGCCUGCUGUCUGUACUGGUACGGGACAGCUCCAGCGAUGUGUUCCAGCAGCACUGUCUCUCCUGGCUGCGUGCUGUCCAGCAGGUCAUACAGUCACAGGCUCCUCUGCCUUCAGUCCAGCUUGCUGUCACCAUUCUGCAGGACCUGCUGCAGUAUUCUUCCCAGCUCCCAGAGCUCUCCCGGGAAAUUGGCCUCAACUCAAUCCCGGGAAUCCUCACUUCUCUGCUGGGCCUCAAGCAGGAGUGCCACCUAGGGGCGAUGGAGGGGAUGACAGCCUGCAUGACCUACUACCCUCGUGCCUGUGGGUCUCUCCGGGAGAAACUGGGGGCUUACUUCCUGUCCAAGAUGGACUCUGAUAAUCCCAAAAUACAGGAGAUGGCGUGUGCGUGCUACGGGCGGCUGUCCUCGCUGGGUGGCGUCUUCGAGCGGGGUUCUCGUCAGGCGGAAGGCUGGGCGCAGCAUCUGCACUGCCUUCUGGCCACCGCCCAUGGUGUUCUGGGACAGCUGUAUGAGGGGGUGGAGGCAGAGGGAGGAGUACAGUAUGAAGGCCCUGGGAUUGAGCUGCUGCUACCCCCAUUGGACGACACUGACCCCCUGCUCGUCCUACAGCUCCGCCACAGAUACAGAGCUGUGACUCUGGCCCUCACUCACACCCUGAGUGUAGAUCUGUCUUCUCCGGUCCGCCUACCUGUACAGAGUGUUCUCAACCUGGUCUGCAGAGCGCUGGCUGUUACCGCCAAAGGCAUUAGCGUCUCUGGUGACGGUUGUCUGAAACUCCUGGUUCUGCCCUCUCUGCACCGCGACACCCUGGAACUGCUGUCGACGCUCAUCACAGUCGCUGGGAGUCGGCUGGUUCAGUACUCCAGUGUCUUGACGCGGCUCUUCUCUCAAACUCUGUCUGCCUGGACACCCCUCCCCGAGGCCAGCCCUGGACAACAGAGAGCCUACAGCGCCGUGCGAGUAGCACUGUACCGCAGUCUGGACCUGUGGGUGCGUGUGGGAGGGGCUGCGGCAAGUGUGCUACAACAAAGCCCCACCCACAGUGAGCUGCUGUUAGCCCAUCUACUGGGUGACAUCACUCCGGGGGCGGACUCUAUCAAGCUGCGCCCAGGGAGGACGGGAAUGGCCGAUCUGGCAGGGCAUCCUGGGAAGGCUGGGGGGAAGCGGGGGAAGGGGCUCGACCUGGGUGAGGCGGUGGGGGCUGGCAUCACACUCCAGAGGAAGAGCGACGUGCUGGCCAAUCAGGACACGUGUCUGUCCGCCCUGAGAGCUCUGAGGCAGAUUGUCCUGACCAGUGGCACCCUGCUGAAGGAGGACACGCACAAGAGGCUGCAGGAGCUGGCUCUGCCCCUGUGCGUGAGGCUGCAGCAAUGUGGGGGCGCGGCAGAGGCGGGGGGCCUGUAUGCCAGUCCGCUGGCCCGCCGGGCACUGUACCAGCUGGUGCUGGCGCUGGUCCUGGUGCCCAGCCCCCGAUGGCCCCCUCCACUGCACUGCGCGGUCCGAAUCUUCAGCCAGGGCCUGAAUGACCCCAGCGUCCAGGUCUCCUCAUUCUGCAGUGAAGCCCUCACAGUGUGCAACAGUCUCCUUCACCCCCGCACCCCUUCCAUUGCCCUCCCACUGCCCUCACUCGCGCUAAAAUCGUCCCCAGCGCCCCCUGCUGUCCCGACCACUGCUACUGCAUCGGCGCCCCAGGCUGCCCUCUCCCUGCCCUCACUCCUAGGGACACCAGCACAGGGCCCCGCCUCCUUCACAGCCCGGCACCCUAUUGGCCUGGCUCAGGGGCUGCUGGGGGGACCCCUGGACAACCAUCUGCCCUUACAGCCUCCCGCCCUGCCCCAGUCUGCCACCCACCAGCAGCACCCCCCAGCCCCACAGCCUCAUCUGCCCCCCCCGGCAGGGGACCUGCUCUCCACCCCGCAGCUGGGUGACCCCGGAGCCCUGGGGGGCCCCGAAGGCCACCGGCCUGUUUUUGUGCGCUACGACAAAGAGGAGCCGGAGGACGUGGAGAUCUCCUUGGAGAGCGACUCGGAUGACAGCGUGGUGAUCGUACCCGAGGGCAUGCUGCAGAACAAGCAGGAGCUAACCCAGACGGUGCCAGGCAGUGCCAUGGGCCCCGCUGCAGUGGGAUCGGGGACCCGAAGACUGGGAGAAGAAGGAGGGGCAGAAGCUGGGGUGCACAGCCCCCUGGCCAACGAACUGCCGGCGCAUCAGAUCCUGCCACCUAACUCGGCCGUGAUGAACGCUUUCCCCAGUCAAAAUCAGACCCAGGUCUCGGGUCUUGUCACUCCUCCUGCCCUGCAGGCACCUGCCGGGAGUCUAGGGGAGUCUCUUCCACCUGCGCAGCUGCAGCAGAUGUUGAUGCAGCCACCGCAGCCAGCUGCUCUAUCCCUGUCCAUGCAAAUGCAGCUGGUGCAGACACCCAGGCUGCAGCAGCAGCAACAGCAGCAGCAGCAGCAGCAAGGAGAGGAAGACCUGACUGUCAUCAAUAUCAACAGCUCAGAUGAAGAGGAAGAAGAAGAUGAGCUAGAAGAUGAGGAGGAGGAAGAGGAGGAAGGCCUGGAGGAUCUGGAAGAGGAGGACGAAGAAGGGAGUGAGUUUGCUGAGGAGGAGGAAGAAGAAGAGUACUAUGGGGAGGAAGAAGAGUUUGAGGAGGAAGGGGAGUUUGAGGAGGAAGAGGAGGAGGGAGUGAUGGAGGGAGAGGAGAUAGAGGAGGAAGAGGAAGAAGAGGAAGGGGAGGUCCUGCCCAGUGAGGAGGGGGCAGUGAUGAUGGACCCAAGAGGGGAAAGAGAGGGACUUACAGGGGUCUUUGAGCUGGAAAGAGAGCGGGACGGCGAGGAAGGAGAUGAGAGGGAGAGGGUAGAUGUUGAAGCAUACAAGCAGCCUCUGGACCUUGAGGUGAUGAAGGAGGGAGAGGGGCUGGAGGGUGAAGGAAGGGUGCUAGAGGAGGUGAAUGGAGAUGGGGGAGGCAGAGAGGAGGAGAGGGAGGCUUUUCCUCCGCAGGAGAAAGCAGAGAGCUCCCCAUCCCAAGGGACCGUGGGACAGGAGAUGCAGGGAAAAGAAGCUCAGCCAAAAGUGGAGGGGGUGGAGGUACCAGGGCAGGAAUUGACACAGGAGCUAGGGACAGCACAGGAGAUACUGCCCUCCCAGGCUGAAGAGAAGGCCACCUCCUCCCAGGAUCAGGAUUUGGAACCUGUGCAGGAAGUCAAGUCAUCCCUGGAGCUGAAGGGGGAGGAGCUGAGUCAGGGAGAGCUGGCAGCUAAACUGCAGGAAGACGUCAGUGAGAGACAGGAAAGGGCUGGACCGGAAGAGGAGGCACUUGGACAGGAAGUGAGGUCAUCGGCGCCGGAAGAAGAAAUAGGGUGUGCAAGAGAAAGAGACAUAGAGGAGCACGCAGAAGAGAGACAGGGGAAGAGGAAACGAGAAGAGGAGGAGGAGGAUUUGACAGAGCAGAGUGCUGAAAAGAAAAAGCCUGCCGAAGACUCCAUGGCCUCAAUGCUUGCCGAUUUUGUGGACUGUCCCCCUGACGAUGAGGAAGAGCCCCCUAAAUUGGACACCUAGGACGCAGAUGACACCAGAUUGAGAUUGGGCUUGAUUGGGUUGGAUCAUACCACAACUGAACCCUGCCUAAGACUCCAGUGUGUAUUUUUGCCAUUUUUGUUUUGUACUUUUUUCAAAAUGUUUUUGUUGUUCCAUUUCAUUGUUCUUUAUUAAUAAACUAUCAAGAAAACUGA